AUGAAGAAAUUAGCCAAAUUAUACAGGCAGUCGCAAGAGAACGCCAAAAAAUGCCUUCGCAGAACUAAUAAAUCAUGGAUUUUUGUUGUUGUGGAUUGUACAACGGCUAGACCUGAAGUCACAACAUCAUCGGGAUAUUCGACUUCUACCCAACGUCUUCAGACGAAUAUGGAAAAUCUGGUUUCAACAACACCAGAGUAUAAUGAGAAAGUUAACAAGACAACAGUAGAUUCCGAGAACACCACUCCAUCAGAUAAUCAGCAAUCCCAUGUGCUCAGCAAGAAGUUGUAA